AUACACAUGCACCUAGCUGUGAUAAACAUCACAAAUGAAACACAGUUGGAUAUCAGCCAGAUGCAGGCGACUGCGCUCAAGUUCUAUGGGUUUCUUCACAAUGAAGACAACAACAUCACAGGCUCAGCCGCUGUUCGAACUAAACAAAACAUCCGAAAUUUCUUCAGUGUUUCAAGAGAGGUUCAAGUUAGGGAAAUAGUAAUCUCCCCAACAGCAAUCCAGUUUACACUGCGUGCUUACAACUAUGCCGCUCUUUCUAAAUUGUGGAAAGAGCAAAAAGAACACACGCUCGGCGAAACUCUUGGAAACAUAGUUAAUGAUAACUACACUCUUAACUUAUUGCAAGUUCAAAGACUCCAUUUUGGAACCUUCAUGUCCCAAGCGGAAGUAGAAAAUUACCGACAGGUGCCACUGGUGUAUCAAGAAAACAGCCACUGCAGCCUAGAUUAUACGGAUGUGAACAAAAACAUUAAGGGCUUCAUUGGAUACCAGUCCAUUUUUACCAUGGUGAUUCCGCACUGUGUUAUCUUUUACUGCUAUUUGAGAAUUCUCUGCAGACGAUCUGAGCCCACACAGCCUGGUUCAGAGAUCACUACAUUCGAUUCCAAAAUCGUCAGGGUAUUCGCCACGUCUGCCCUACUCAACUUCAUGUCACAGUUUCCGCAUGUAAUAACAAACAUACUUUUCGGAAUGGGAAUAUUUAUCCAGCCAGCAGUAUAUUUUCUCUUGUCGAUAUUCCCAUAUAGCUCACUAGUCGUGUUAGGUCUCAUGUACUGGGCAACGUUUGCGGCGGAUGUUUGCAGAUUAUGUUGUUGUUGCUGCCCGGUGGAGAACAGGUCGUCAGAAACUGCAUCUAUGUUUGAAGUGUCGCAGGUGAUGUUGCUAAGACGCAAUAGCAGCAAUGCAGUGAACGAUAGGUCUGCUGCUCGUGUUAACAUUUUGGAUUCGUCUGCGUGAUAUGACCACAUCGACAUUAGCAUUAUGCCUUUCGCUUGGCGAUUCAGACUCUGCACGUUUUGUGUGUAU